AUGGCAGUUACUUUCUCAGAUCUCCACACAGAAUCCGGACUCAAAUACCUCGAUGAGUUUCUCGCAGGAAAAUCUUACAUCUCGGGAGAUCAAAUUUCCAGAGAUGAUAUCAAAGUUUAUGGUGCUGUUUUGGAGAAACCUAGUGAUGAAUUCCCUAAUGCUAGCAAGUGGUACGAAUCUGUUUCUUCUCAGCUCGCUUCAAGCUUCCCAGGUAAAGCUGUUGGUGUGAGAAUUGGCGGGAAAGGUGCUGCUACUGCUGCUCCCGUUGAAGCUGCCCCUGCCAAGGAGGCUGCUGCUGGUGAUGACGAUGAUGACUUGGAUCUCUUUGGUGAUGAGACUGAAGAGGACAAGAAGGCAGCAGAGGAGAGGGAGAAAGCUAAAAAGGGAUCAUCCAAGAAGAAAGAGAGCGGAAAAUCAUCCGUUCUCUUGGAUGUGAAGCCAUGGGAUGAUGAGACAGACAUGGUGGAGUUGGAGAAGGCAGUUCGUAGUAUUGAGAUGCCUGGUCUCUUUUGGGGAGCAUCAAAAUUGGUCGCAGUUGGUUAUGGAAUCAAGAAGCUACAAAUCAUGCUUACCAUUGUCGAUGACCUUGUCUCCGUCGAUGACCUAAUUGAGGAGCGUCUCACUGUGGAGCCUUGCAAUGAAUAUAUCCAGAGCUGUGACAUUGUUGCCUUCAACAAAAUAUAA